GAGGCUAUUACUGCAUUAACUCUUCUGCAAAAGAGAACUCGCAAGAAGCGACUCGUGGCUCCUUUUUCCAGUUUUUCCAAAACCUAUAUAAUCAAAUUACCUUCAUCAAGCUCAACCAUCUUCCAUUUGAAAAAAGUUCAGUUUUUUUGGGCAAAGACGUCCGUGGGUGAAACAUCAACAAGAUGGAAAACGAGUCGUUGCAGUUAAGCGGUCUUAAUCUAAAUGUGAAUGCCCCCACGUUCGUGCCCAAUAUCAAUGCUGCAGCUUUCGUGCCAACUUUCUUGGCCAGGCCAGAACCCACCGCCUGUGAAGCACAGACAUUGCCUCCAAAACCAGCUAUGGAUACUGCAGAGUCCAGCCCCACCACGGAUGCUCCUUUAUCAACCUCGGAUGCCAGUCCUAACAACCCGCCUGUAGACAGCUGGGAAGAUGAAGCAGAUAAAGAACAUGCAGAAGACCUGAAAGUUAACAAAGUGUCAGAACAAGAAAUAAAUGGAGUUGGUGGUGAAGGGAAUGCAAUUUUGCAUGACAAUGAUGAGGAUAAAGAUGUUGAAGACCCUGAGGCUGAAAGUGAUGGUGAAGGAGCUGCUGAUGUUGAAGCUGCACCGAAAAUCAAGAAAAAAAUUGUAAAGGGUCCAGCCGAGAAUAAGAGUAAAAAAGAGCACAUCAAUGUUGUAUUCAUCGGUCACGUCGAUGCUGGUAAGUCGACUAUCGGUGGCCAAAUUAUGUUUCUUACGGGUAUGGUUGACAAACGAACAUUGGAAAAAUACGAGAAAGAAGCAAGAGAAAAAAAUCGUGAAUCAUGGUAUCUUUCUUGGGCCUUGGAUACUAACCUUGAAGAAAGAGAAAAAGGCAAAACUGUUGAGGUUGGUCAUGCCUCAUUUGAAACGGAAAAGAAACACUUUACUAUUUUAGACGCCCCUGGUCACAAGAGUUUUGUGCCCAACAUGAUUAGCGGUGCAUCUCAAGCCGAUCUGGCUGUCUUGGUCAUUUCUGCCCGUAAAGGAGAAUUUGAAACUGGUUUCGAAAAAGGUGGUCAAACUAGAGAACACGCUAUGUUGGCAAAAACAGCCGGUGUUAAACACCUGGUAGUCCUUAUCAACAAAAUGGACGACCCAACAGUAAAUUGGGACGAAGAGAGAUACAAUGAGUGCAAAGAAAAAUUACUUCCCUAUUUGAAGAAAUUGGGAUUCAAUCCUCUUAAAGAUCUAACUUUUAUGCCUUGCUCUGGUCUCACUGGAGCUGGUCUGAAAGAGCCUGUCGACUCAAAAGCAUGCCCUUGGUAUAGUGGUUUACCGUUCAUUCCUUUACUCGACGAAAUGCCUCCUUUGUUGAGGUUUGUCGAUCGCCCAUUCAUCAUGCCCAUCGUCGACAAAUACAAGGACAUGGGUACGGUCGUGUUGGGAAAAGUUGAAGCUGGAGAAGCAAGGAAGGGCCAGACUUUGCUUGUCCUUCCUAAUAAGACACCGGUGGUAGUUGACCAGUUGUGGUCUGAUGAAGACGAAGUCACUAUCGUUGGACCUGGAGAGAACGUCAAAAUUAAGCUUAAGGGAGUAGAAGAGGAAGACAUUUCUUCCGGCUUUGUCCUCUGUGAUCCAACCAACACCUGUAAAACAGGGCGUAUCUUUGACGCUCAGGUCGUCAUUCUGGAGCACAAGAGCAUCAUUUGCGCGGGCUAUUCAGCUGUCUGUCACAUCCAUACGGUAGCUGAAGAGGUUUCAGUGAAGGCACUCAUUUGUCUUGUUGACAAGAAAACGAACGAAAAGUCGAAAGUCCGGCCGCGAUUCGUUAAACAAGAUCAGAUUGCUAUCAUGCGUUUGGAGGCAGCAGGUGUUAUCUGCAUGGAACCUUUUAAGGAUUUCCCUCAGAUGGGUCGAUUCACCUUGAGGGACGAAGGUCGAACGAUUGCGAUUGGUAAAGUGCUCAAAGUCAUAGAAUAAGGUCACCGCGCAAAGUAGGAAAUGCAACAAAAUCCGUCACCGCCAGCUGACACAAGAAACUGAAAUUCCGUCUGCUAAGGGAAUCCAAAUGGCCGCGUCGUGUCCAAGUUUUAUCGAUAUCUCCGGGAAACACACCCACUUUUUCUGUUCUUUUCAGGAUUAUUCAUUUUUACCUUCUAUUAUACGAAAUUUCUAUAAUGUCUUACACGAGCAUUUUCUUGGAGACCACGCUGAUUGUGAUCUUUCACCUUCAUGGAAUCAAUUCGCGCGUGUUUAGUUCAUUUCUUUGGUUUUGUUCAGUUUCGUUCUUGCCCUUUCUCUCCAAUUCCCCUUUCAAGAAAUUCAUAGGCUCUAUAUUCUUCCUUUUCUUUUUAUUUUUACUAAAGAAAAGACCAUUCAAUUGUUGCAAUUGGAGACUGCCGAAAUUUAUAGGCAUGAAUUAGUUCAAGCAGUUUCGCCAGGUCGGUUUGUUUGACAGGUGUCUGUAUUUUCUCUCUCUUUCGGUUUAUUGAAUUUUUGAAAGUGAUUCGAUGUGUACAUUGUAAAUCUGUUGACAUCUCCUCAUUGCAUUGUACUAAGAUUAAGAGCAUUUUUUUCUAUCAUUUACGGUUCGAUAGCAACUUGGCCGGUUAGAUUGUUCUGAGAGAGAAAAACCAUACGGGAAAGAAAUAUUUUUUUUUUUUUUUUCUUCGCCGAAAUUUAAAAUUCGCUAAGUGCCUCUUGUGCUUGUAUGGCCUGUUUUUUCUUUUCUUUCCUCUCACCCUUUCUCUCUUACCAUUUUUCACGCGGUUCAUACUACCGCGAUCUAUGAGACUUGCACCCACUUCUGCUUCCCGUCUCCAACCGCAAAACUUUUCGUGUUAUGCGUGUAUGUGCGUGUGUAAGACUAUCGACCGAAACAUAUAUGUCUGGUGUCGGCAUAUAAAGGGGCUCGUGUCAAACGAAAUCUGAGCAUUUGUUGGAUUUUUAUUUUCUUAUACACUAUGAAUUGGGA